UCGUAUUUGGGUUGUCGCCAAAACACAAGCUUGCUGAUAAGUACGUGGAUAAUUAACCAGAAAAGGGGGGAACAAUAUUUACCAUGUACUAUAAUUUAACUAGGAUAAGGAAUAGCUCAAUGAACUAGGAGCACCGCCGUCUCUCUGUUACUCCUUUUGCUCUGAAGAAUGGCGUUUGUUCAUCUCUGUCACUUUUAUGGUAUGCUUUGAUGGGUACCUGAAGUCUUCAAGGCUAAACCCACGUGGGAAUAUCACUUACAACCAAGUUCAGUCAGGACUAAAGUAUAUGGGGUUGCAGCUGUCAAUGUAGAGGGAGAGUAAGAAAGAACAACUAAGGGAUUGAAAAAAUUAUACUCGAGAGGUGAAUUGGUGGAAGGGAAGGAGAAUCAUUUGAAUUAUUGAGAUGCAGAUGGCUAGAAGAAUGUCUGCUGAUGAAAACACUGAUAACAAAGGUAGCGUCUGGGCUUUGGAUCAGCAGCUUGAUCAGCCCAUGGAUGAGGAGGCUAAGAGGCUUAGAAAUAUGUACAAGGAAAAGAAAUAUUCGACAUUAAUGCUUCUGCAGCUUGCAUUUCAAAGCCUUGGUGUGGUGUAUGGAGAUUUAGGCACAUCUCCUUUGUAUGUUUUCUACAAUACAUUUCCUGAUGGAAUUGGUGACCCAGAGGAUUUAAUUGGAGCUUUAUCUGUUAUUAUCUAUUCCCUCACUCUUAUUCCACUCCUCAAGUACGUUUUUAUUGUCUGUAGAGCAAAUGACAAUGGUCAAGGUAAUUGAUCUCAACCAAUGAUGUUACUUUAUUCUAGUUCUAUAUCAUCCAUAUAUAAGCUUCUUCUCUCUCUCUCUCUUUCCACCUUUAUAAUAUUAGGCAUUACCUUGAAUUCUGUGCUCAGAUAAUUAAUCUAAUGUAUCUGUGUUUGAUUUCUCAAUAAGAGACAAUUACAUCUAAAAUAUGGACGCUGUUAUGGCCUUUUUCUGAUGUAGUGCCAAUAGUGCAGUUCAUUUGUUCUUCCCUUUUCAUUCUUUUAAGGUUGAUUGAUGACUGUCCUUAUUUCUGCUUUGCUUUGGGAAAGUUGAUGGCAGAUUUUCUUCCUGAUGAUUCCGUCUGAUGAUAGAAAACUUAGAGAUAGAAUCAAUUAAAGGGGAAAGAACAAAAUUGGUAAGGGACAGGACACAUAUGAAAUGUUAGUGGAUAACAAUAGGUGAACAUGUACAAGGUAUCCACAUAAUAAAAACAGUUUGGAUUAGCUUCCAGCUUCUUUGAGAAGGUAAACACGAUUGUGAUCUUACACACGCCCCUUCAAAGCGAGAGGUUUGUAGUGCUUUAUACGCAUCAAUCAUGCAGAUGUAAACAAUGAGUUUAUGGUUGAUAGUAAUUUAUGGAAGAUUGUAAAUUAAGUGAAAGAGUGACA